GACCUGAAAGGAUAAAUCCCCAGUAAGCUCAGUCAUUGCACGAAUCACAAUGUCGGAUUCCGGUAACCAAUCCUACUGCUCUCAAGUGGGUAACCGCACGUCUUUCUUCACGAGCGCCUACAAUGGGAUACCAGAGACCCUGAUACUGAAUACAAUUUUCUGGAUUCUGCUCAUUCUGCUGUUCACAACGCUGCGGCAUCAGGCGAGCGACUUUGGCCGCUUGGCGCUGGUGAACAGCAAUGGCAGCAAGAAACGCUGGACCGAGAUAUUCUAUUCGCGAGCGACCAGCAUGGUUGAGCCCCAGCCAGGCACAUCCACGCAGGCGACCCCGCGACCAAGUGUCAACUCCCAAAACAGCGGCGACUCCACUCCCCUGUCGCCAGUGCAACCCGAGCAGGGCCUCUUUGGCUGGAUUUGGAUCACGUUUAAGCUGAGGAAGGAGACAAUCUUGCUGCAUACGGGUCCCGAUGCAGUGCACUACUUGUCUUUCCAGCAGCAGUUGAUGGCCGUCAUGGCUAUCGUGACCCUCAUCUCUCUGGCCAUAAAAUUGCCCGUCAAUUUUCUGAACGGACCCAAGGAUACGCCGUACGAUAUGAAUGCCUUUGGCCGGACAACUAUGGCCAACCUGUCGCCGGAGUCUCCUUGGCUCUGGGUGCACACAAUCAUUACCAUCCUGUACAUUCCGCUGGUGGUUCUCAUCAUGCGGCGUGCGUCGGGGCGCAAUGCGUUCAAAAAGGCCGCAACGAGGACAAUCUUGAUAUCGAACAUCUCGUCCAGCGAUCGCAACAAGACAGUUGUGCGGAACUACAUGCAGGAGCUGUUUCCGAUUACAACAUCAGCAACAAUCCAUUACGAGCAAAAGCACUUCCCGCAACACACACAUGCUCUACUGCGGUCCCAUCGUCUCCCCAAACGCCCAAUGCCAAUGGGGGCCAGGCGCAGGACACUCGGCUCGAAGCCUGGCCAAGCAAACGCCAGUGGAACGCCGGAAGGAGAAGCCAGAAUUUCAACGAUUCAAGGAUCACUGCCGCCACUUCACGGCCUUCAUGUUCAGCAAUGUGGGCAUCAUACUGCUAGUCACCUUCUACACGAUUGGCGGCGCCUUUAUAUUCCAGGCCAUCGAAAUCUUCGAAUACGAGCGACUCAGGUCGGAGAAGCCGAAUCGGUUCAUCGAGCGCAAUGUCAGCGGGGAGUGUUUCUUCGACCACAAGGCCUACAGGAAACGUGUCAAUGACGUACUUCUGGAGUACCAGCGGGCGAUUGUUAAGAAGCAACUGAAGGGACCCGAUGUGGAGCAAUGGAGCUUCUCGGGGCCUU